GCAAGGACGGCUGAAGCCAUCUCGAGCAGGAUUCCCCUGGCUCUGCUGGCCCAAGACCCGACCUCCCCCUCUCGCUGGCGGCCUGUGUUCUGGGCCGCACCUAGACAAGUCCAAGUAGGAACAAGCCAUCUCAUCCAUCCACAGCCAUGAAUUUCCUCCGGCGGCGCCUCUCUGAUAGCAGCUUCGUGGCCAACCUGCCGAAUGGCUAUAUGACAGACCUACAGCGCCCAGACAGCUCCACCAGCUCCCCCGCUUCCCCGGCCAUGGAGAGGAGGCACCCCCAGCCCCUGGCAGCCUCCUUCUCCUCUCCAGGAUCCAGCCUCUUCACCUCCUUCUCCAGUGCCAUGAAGCAGACCUCGCAGGCCCCCAUGGGGCUGAUGGAGCCUCCAGUUCCCUCCACACCUGUUGUUCAAAGGCCCAGGAUCCUGUUGGUGAUCGAUGAUGCCCACACAGACUGGGCCAAGUAUUUCCAUGGGAAGAAGGUGAAUGGAGAGAUUGAGAUCCGCGUGGAGCAAGCUGAAUUCUCGGAGUUGAACCUAGCUGCCUAUGUUACUGGGGGCUGUAUGGUGGACAUGCAAGUCAUGAGAAAUGGGACCAAGGUUGUGAGAUCCUUCAAGCCAGACUUCAUCCUGGUCCGCCAGCACGCCUACAGCAUGGCCCUGGGUGAAGACUACCGCAGCCUGGUCAUCGGCCUCCAGUACGGAGGGCUGCCCGCUGUCAACUCCCUCUACUCUGUGUACAACUUCUGCAGCAAGCCCUGGGUGUUCUCUCAACUCAUCAAGAUCUUCCAUUCCUUGGGUCCUGAGAAGUUCCCGCUUGUGGAGCAAACAUUUUUCCCCAACCAUAAGCCAAUGCUCACAGCCCCACACUUCCCUGUGGUGGUCAAGCUGGGUCACGCCCACGCCGGAAUGGGAAAGAUCAAAGUAGAAAACGCACAUGACUACCAGGACGUCACAAGCAUGGUGGCAAUGGCCAAGACCUAUGCCACCACGGAGGCCUUCAUCGACUCCAAGUACGACAUCCGCAUCCAGAAAAUCGGGUCCAACUACAAGGCUUACAUGAGAACCUCCAUCUCUGGAAACUGGAAGGCCAACACGGGCUCUGCCAUGCUGGAGCAGGUGGCCAUGACAGAGAGGUACAGGCUGUGGGUAGACAGCUGCUCAGAAAUGUUUGGCGGCCUGGACAUCUGCGCUGUCAAGGCCGUGCACAGCAAGGAUGGCAGAGAUUACAUCAUUGAGGUGAUGGACAGCUCGAUGCCCCUGAUUGGAGAGCACGUGGAAGAGGACAAACAACUGAUGGCCGACCUCGCUGUCUCCAAAAUGAGCCAGUUCCUGAUGCCAGGGGGCACAGCGCCCUCGCCCCUGAGGCCUUGGGGUCCGCAGGCUAAACCAGCAAAAUCCCCUGGGCCAGCCCAGCUGGGACCUCCCCUUGGACAGCCCCAGCCACGCCCACCCACCCAAGGGGGCCCUCGCCAAGCUCAGUCUCCGCAGCCCCCGAGGUCCGGAAGCCCCUCUCAACAGAGGAUCUCCCCACAAGGCCAGCAGCCCCUGAGCCCCCCGUCCGGAUCUCCACAGCAGCAGAGAUCGCCAGGCUCUCCACAGCUCUCCCGGGCAUCCAGCGGCAGCUCUCCAAACCAGGCCUCCAAGCCAGGCGCCACCCUCACCUCACAGCCCCGGCCGCCCAUUCAAGGCCGCAGCACCUCCCAACAGGGUGACGAAUCCAAGAGGCCAGCACCUCCCCACCCCCAUCUCAACAAAUCCCAGUCCCUGACUAACAGCCUCAGCACGACCGACGCUUCCCAGCGCGGGACCCCAAGUGAAGACGAGGCCAAGGCCGAAACCAUCCGCAACCUGAGGAAGUCUUUCGCCAGCUUGUUCUCUGACUAACCCUGUCCGGGCUGGGACGGGGAGGGCUCUGUUCCACCGUCCCUCCUCCUGCCUCAUCUUCCUUCUCAGCCUUGGUUCCCGACGGGAACAGAAUGGAGGGUUUGAGAAUAUCCUGUCUAAAUGCCUUCGAUCCAGGAACUGAGCGUCUAUCCGUGUCCCCACUUUCCUUUGCCAUGACGUUCCAGUGUUGUCCGACUGAGUGGCCUUUGAGAACCUCCAGGUUCCUCAAAAUGGGCCCCAGAGACGGGCAUCAUCUCAGCCUGCCCACCCAGAUGCUUGCUUCCCUGCCUCAGAUAACCAAGUGAGACGUCUGUGUGUGGCUAGUCUUCACAUUUCUUGUUAGCGUUUGCUUGCCUUUGGGCCAAGGUCCCCUCUAGGCCAUCAAAUGCAGACACUGUAGUGGACCUCAGCAAUAGAGGAGGCAAUAAUCUUUUGACAGUGUUUUGCAAACAAAAGGAGAAAAGCCCAGCCAGGGGACCCUACACCUACCCAUGCUAGUUCCAGCCAGGCUCAAGAGACUGCCCCUCAGACCAGGCAGGCAAAGGCCCCAUCACGCCUGGCCACCAAUAGGAUCUUGAGGACAGUGGAAAGAAAUCAGAUCGUGUGGGACAAGUGGGGCCUUUCAGAAACAGAGGGGAAACUCUUGAAAUGCUGCUCACGCCCAGACUGGACAGCCAAGAGCAGACGACAGGUUCCUUUAGGAGUCAUUACUAGCUCCCAGAGGAGGAAAUGCCCUCAACUCCCCGAGGAAGGCGUUAGUUUAGGGCCCCUCUACCCAUUCUGUGUCACACCACCAGGAAUUCUCUCUGAAUUACCGCCGAGAACGUUGUUUCCUCCUCAAGGACAUACGAGGAAGCAGAGAGAAUCCGCAGGUCAAUGACGCAGGAUCAGAGAGCGCGAUGAUAGUAACUUCUAGGUCAGCAUUUCACAAACCGUGCAUGGCAAGGUGUUGGUAGGUUACUCAAUUACAAAGGGUCCCAUGGUCACACAUGUUUAGGAAACACUGUUUAUAGUUCUGUUUUUGAGGUUGAUGUUACACAUGACGUGUCAAAGGCUCUUGGAAUUCCUGCAGUAAACAAAUUAGCUUUAACUUUGCUUACCCCAAACUUAUUUGACUAACAAGUUAACCGCAGAGCUGGAAAACGUAGUCCUGACUCCCUUUCCAAAGCUCUUCCCUACAUCAGACUGCCCCCGUGACCAGAUGGGGUGCAGGGAUGUCCCUAACCACCAAGCACGUGGUGCUAGAACCAUUGUCAGUGCCAGAAUCAACCUCCUGGUCUCUGAGAGCCCAGGAUAGUAGAACAUAGCCAGGCUAUCCCCUCACAGCCCACUUUGCAACUCGAGAUAUGUCUUCCCCUCACUGUUCACCGGGAGGGGAGAGGGGGAGGUAAAAAUGAAAGCAUCCUUGGCCCAGAGCAGCUUCUAGUCAUGCCCAAGAGAUAUAGACUGCUUGGUCAUCAGUUUGGUAUCCAGAUUCCCAGAAGCAUAAAAGCAGUCCUUGGUCCUUCAAAGCCAGGCUGGUAUGGUGAGGACAAGGCAGAGACCUUCUCCUUCUGUGUGCCCUAGAACCUUGGACCUCAGAAGAACCCACCUUC